AUGGACACCAAAGAAACUAUUGCGCUCGAGGCAACCAAACAGGUGCCAACCACACACCCUGAGAAGUAUGAGGACGGCGAUGCAGCGCUGAUGUUCUUGGCGCGGGAUCAUGAGGCUGGCGUCGAUAUAGCGGAAAGCAGAGCGUUACGGUGGAAGAUUGACCUGCGAAUCAUGCCGAUCCUCAUGGGCAUCUACUUCUUGCAGUAUCUAGACAAAACUUUGCUAAACUAUGCGGCCGUCAUGGGUAUCAAGGAUAACCUGAAAGGGAACGAGUACAACAAUAUAGGAACCAUCUUCUACGUCGGAUACCUUGUUGCGGAGCCAAUCACCGCGUACCUCAUGCAGCGCUUUCCCAUUGGCAAGUAUAUUGGAAUCAACGUCACCUGUUGGGGCAUUCUCGUUAUCUGCCAUGCCGCUUGUAAAAGCUAUGCCUCUUUGAUGAUCGUUCGUAUCCUCCUCGGUGUGUUUGAGGCCUCUGUGGCGCCAUCUCUCAUCCUCAUCACGGGCAUGUGGUGGACCAAGCCGGAACAGUCGCGCCGGACAGGUCUGUGGUACAGUCAGGUUGGAGUGGCACAAAUUGUUGGAUCGGCUAUCUCAUAUGGCUUCCAGCAUGUGAACUCCACAGCAUUGGCGAACUGGCAGAUCCUGUUCCUUUUCAUGGGAUGUCUUACUACGGCGGUUGGAAUCGCCACCAUCUUCUUCCUUCCGGACAACCCUAUGAGUGCUUCCUUCCUCAACGACGAAGAGAAGGUUGCGGCCAUCGAACACGUCCGCGUGAACCUAACUGGUGUCGAAAACAAGCAUUUCAAGCCGUACCAGCUGGGAGAGCUAUUGUUCAAGGACAAGCAGACCUGGCCCUUGUUCUUCAUCACUCUCCUGGCUAUGAUCGACAACGGUGCUGUGUCCAACUUCUCUAGUAUCAUCAUUGCGACAUUCGGAUUCUCGGAGAAGCGCACCACCAUUAUCCAGAUGCCAUCCGGGGCCGUCUCGAUCAUCGCCACUAUUGGUGGUACCUACCUCAUCGGGGCCAUUGGACACCGCUCCUACAUGAUUGCCAUCAUUACGAUACCCAGUAUUCUUGGUGCUGGCUUGCUCCUGGGCCUUAGUGAACAGUAUAAAGUGGGCAAACUAUUCGGCGUCUAUCUUCUCAACGCAUGCCCGGCCAUGCUUCCUAUCAUCUACAGUUGGAAUUCCGCCAAUACCAGCGGAUAUACCAAGCGCACGAUGCGCAACGCUCUGACCUUGAUGGCGUUCUGCGUGGGCAAUCUUAUCGGCCCCCAGCUGUUCCAGGCCUCCGACGCACCCAGCUAUAAUGCGGCCAAUAUUACCCUAAUCGUGACAAUGUCCGCUGUGGUUCUGCUGGCGUUUGCUCUCCGACAGCUCACGGUAUGGGAGAACGCCAAGAGGGACCGGGAGCAGGCUGGGUCGGAGGACACAGCGUCCACGGCCGACCUUGCCUUCAUAGAUCUGACGGAUAUUCAGAACCAUCGGUUCCGAUAUAUCUACUAA